CUGGAAAGUUUUUAAAAAUAUUUCCAUUGAGUCUCCCCUCUCUUAAAUCUUUAGCUCAAUAGUCACAAAGUUCCUCUUAUAUAUAUAUAUAUAUAACCUUUAUUUUUUUCUUUUUCAACCUAGAAAAAAAAAAAAAAAAAAUUCUGUAAGGUAAUCUAGCCAGUACUAUAUGGCUGUCCGGAAAGUCUAUGGCAGCCUCAACUCGCCGGCCACAUUGAAGGUUUUGGCAUGCCUCUUUGAGCAUGAUCUUGAUUUUGAGUUUGUUCCAGUCAAUCUCAAUGCUGGAGAGCACAAAAAGAAACCUUUUCUUUCUAUGAAUCCAUUUGGUCAAGUUCCAGUAUACGAGGACGGUGGAAUCAAGCAAUUCGAAUCCAGAGCAAUAAUAAGAUGCAUGGGCUUUGAGUACGGCAAGAAAGGAGAAGAGCUUAUCUAUUGGGACGCCAGGAAGCAGGCGAUAGUAGCUAACUGGAUUGACGUUGAGGGUCACCAGUUUGAGCCACCGGCAUUGAAACUAAUUUUUGAGAUGGUCAUUAAGCCAAAGAAUGGCUUGGCUCCAGACCAUGGUGUAGUGGCUGAGGCUGAAGCCGAAUUAGGCAGUGUUCUUGACGUCUAUGAGGCUCGGCUAGCAAAAUCUAAGUAUUUGGGAUCUGAUAGGUACACGAUUGCUGAUGUGCUUCAUCUCCCUAAUUUGCAAAGCCUUCUGGGAACGAAGGCUAAGAAGCUCAUUGAAUCGCGACCUCGGGUGAGAGCAUGGUGCUCUGAGAUCCUGGCUCGACCUGCAUGGGGCAAGGUGCUUGAGAUGAAGCGCGACAAGGCACAAGCCUAGCCUAGGCUCUUAUCAGUCUUAUGUUUAACGUUAAUUAAUCCCCCUUAAAAUAAUUAAUCAUCCAAUGCAAAUGCUUUACUCUACGUGUAUGGACUAAGAAUAAUCAAUGGAAGUGUUCUGAUCCAUUAUGGUCUGA